CGUCGCCUGGUCGGCCAGUCCUCUCUCUAUCUCUGCUCAGCCCCCCAUUCCGGAAACGUGGUCCGGUUUUCCCGGACGACCAAAACCUUCCUUCCCCUCCACAAGCGAACAACGAAGAAGACCUUCUCCCGGAUUCGGGAAAUGCCGCCGCUGGAAUCUGGAGCAGGAGUGGGGGCGUCUUAUCCAUAGCCGGAUGCGGUCAACAUGCCGAGAUCUUUCCUGGUCAAGAAAGCCAAGUAUCCCGUGGACCAUGGUAACAGGUGGCCCUACAGGGAGCAUUCUGGCCCCACUGAGGGGGCGACCGCCCCUCCGUGCUCCAUGUCCCCGUCGCAUAGAUGCCUCACAGUCCAUUAUACUAACGGAUAUGUGUAUGACUUAUCUUCCCCUGAGACUUCCCGAGACUAUGUGUACAUCGACAAAGUGGUGGGUGACGAAAUUGUCGGUGACAUUGAGAUCAAAACGACGAUUCAACCGAGUAGUCCGACGGAACAAACCAAUAAACAAAUCAUUUCCUUGGAAAGAUCCGGUCCUAGUCCAUCAGGUAGCCUUAGCGACGCCAGCGCCAGCGAUGUCAGCAGCGACGAUGUCAGAUCCGUGACCACACCCCACUUCCUCUACAAUGAACUCGAAACUGAAGGCACCCCACCCUCGACGGAAACUCCCAGUGGUGUCACAGUGGGGUACACUUAUGAAGCGUUCUUCAUAACGGAUGGAAGAUCCAGAAGAAGAAAGAACCCAAAGAAAGAGGAUAGCAACCAUGGUACUACAAAUGCGCCUCUGGCGGAACGACCUCGUUAUACGUGUGGCGAAUGUGGCAAACACUAUGCGACAUCGUCCAACUUGUCGAGGCACAAGCAGACCCAUCGCAGUCCGGACUCCCAGCAGGCCAAGAAAUGUGACACCUGUGGCAAAGUGUACGUGAGCAUGCCAGCGCUGGCAAUGCAUCUCCUGACGCAUAACCUCAAUCACAAGUGUGCAGUGUGUGGCAAGGCCUUUUCGAGACCAUGGCUUCUGCAAGGCCAUAUGCGCUCUCACACUGGAGAAAAGCCUUUCGGGUGUGCACAUUGCGGAAAGGCCUUCGCUGAUAGGUCGAACCUUCGGGCUCACAUGCAGACCCACUCGGCCUUCAAGCACUACGCUUGUACUCGGUGCAACAAAUCGUUUGCACUCAAGUCCUACCUCAAUAAGCAUUAUGAAUCCUCCUGUUUCAAGGAGGGGUCUAAAGAUUCGGCUAACGAAGAUUCAAACACCUGUCAGCUUGUAUUUGAACACAGUGACAAUUCGUCCGAUCUCAUGGAAAUCGGCACAUCUCAAACUCCUUGAACACAAUUCUCGUCGACAAUGCACAACUUUCACUACAUUACAGAAAAAUACUGAAGUGAUAGAAUGGCUAAGUAAAGGACUAUUUGAAUGUGGAUUCAUCCUAGGUUGUUUAAAAUAGAGUGCCUCCUUUCACUAAAUUUUAUACAUUUUAAAAAUAAGAAAAAAUCUCAUCGUGAGUUAUCUAUCAUUGAACUAAAUUUUAAAAAUAUUAUUAUAUUCUUAACUAAAUUUAAAAAUCUUUCAAUAAUAAAUCAAUUAAGACAAAAAUUAUUAGUCCUUUUAUUUCUACUAUAUUGAUAUCGCAAAAUGGAUUUACAACAGUUAUUCUAAUUAAUAGAGAUUUCCAAAUUAUGUUCAAAUAACUACAGUAUAUGUAACCUUGAGGGUAUUUUAAAAAGGAAUAAUACCAAACAUGGAUCAUACCGUAUAAUAAGUUCUCAUAUACAUAGUAGAACUAUCGUAUUUAACCUUAUAUUCAAGUCUCUAUUAAAUUGAUCUGUCUAACUGAAUAGAUAUUGACCUAAUUUCUCAUCCUAUAUAUAGCCCAUGCAGAAGAUUAUUCAGAUAAUUAGGCAGACUAAAUUGUUGAAUUCUAAAAUUCUACUUUAGAAUAUAAGGAAAAAAAAUGAAAAUAAUGUGCAUUUUACCAUGUAUAUUUUAUUCAUUUCAGAAAUUUGCAAAUAUUCUCUGUCAUAUUAUUGUAAUUUGCAAGAUUUUAGAAUUUACUUCACCAAAUGGAAUUUAUAAACGAAAUGAGUUUGAAAUUUAAUGUACAGAACUUCAUUUAUGUUUGAAAUUGGGGUUGUAGUUGCAUAUCCACCGAUGGAUGAACAUUCCACAUUCAAUUAGAACGGUGUUGCAGGUUGAGUAAUGUGAUAACCGACAUAAGCAAUAAGUAAAUGGUAUAUAUAUUAAAGUUGGCGUUUUUUAUAGUUUGCGAAAAGCGCCGAUUCACAACUGAUGCAGUGCCUACAAAUCUAAGAUGUGCAACUGUUACUGUUCUGUGAAUUUACACAGUUACUAAAGCGUCUAACUUUACAUCUGCUGUACAGUCACAACGAAUAGGAAACUAUUUUAUUUGUUACAUUUGCAAAAGUAUUCUUCAAUUUAGCCGUCAUAUUUAGGUAUGUAAAGUUUGGAUACGUACAGGGACUCAAAACUAUUAUUUAUAUCGCUAUAAAAGAAAAUAUCUCUUUAUGUGUUUAGUCAUUCAAGAAUAUUCUUAAAGUGUUUUACUAUAAUAUUUAUAAUUUAUGGAUCUGUCAAUUAAAAUAAGCUUUGCUACCGGAACAAUUAAACAGUCAUUGCAUAUCUUUGAAUCAAAUUCAGGGGCAUGAAUCUACUACAUUUUGCAUAUCCAAACACAAAAUUGUUAUUCAUGCUCGAAUAAAGCAAUAAAAAUAAUAUAGCAAUAAACUAUUCUAGUGCUUUUUGAAUUGAGGGUUGAAACCCAAAAUAGUGUGAUAACAAAUAUAUUUUGUAGUGAGAACUUAUGCUGCCUUCCAGUUUUUUGCAAUACUUGUUAGCAAAGAGGAUUAAAAAAUCAUCUUAACUAUAAAAUUUCCUUGGAAUUGACAUUCCAAUAUUUAAUUUAUCUUUAAAUAAACUUAAUUUUAGUAUUGCUUUCAUAAACCUUCAUUACUGUAAGGUAUGAAAAUAUAAUUUUCUUCCAUUAAAAUUGUAAUCAAAUCAAUUUUUUUAAAGAAAUAUUUUGUUCAUAGCAAUUAUAAAUAUUAAUGCUAUCGAAUAAUUUUAUUUAUUAUUCGUUCUUUGCUACAUAAAAGUUUUUCAUCUCUUAUAACUUACUCUCUUUUUAGGUCUAAUAACCGCAGUAUUUUCUCACAUCCGAGUUUAGUGCAAGAAUAUCAAAUUUCUUUUGCACUAAAAUAAGAAUUUUUGCCUCUAGAGCACUUAUUCUCCGUUUAUAAGUGCAGAAUAGACAAAUCAGGCUCUUGUGCCUUUAAAUCAUCAUCUACAACAAAAUGUAAAAUCCUCUCUGCAAUAAUACAAUAUUAAGGGGGUUAAUACUGAUUAAACAAAAAUCUUACAAAUGCAAAAGCAGAGAGGAUAUUUUACCUAUUAUAGUAUGUAUUUAAAGUUUUUGAUAAUUUUUUCAUCUUUUCUUAAAUAUCGAUUAAGUUUCGAUAAUCAUAAGCAAUCAUUCGGAGUUUUAAAAAAGCUCUUGCUUUAAAAUUUACUAUGCGAAUAUCGAUAUUUGAAUUGUGAAGAUUUUUUCCUGAAAUCUUCUAAUAUUAUUUUAAUCUUUCUAGAGCAAAGCUAUAUAUUCUUUCGUAAUACUUCACACUUACGUGAAGUUUGUAAACUUUGUAAAUAGUUGUUGCGCAUUGUAAAAAAUUGUUUUAUGGUGCAUUUUAAUAAGAAUAAUUUUAAGAAGACAGAGAUGGAAUAUUCUUCAAAAUAAUUAAAAUGUAUUUAAUUCAUCUUUAUUUUAUAAAUAUUGCACAAAUAGUCAAUAUAGAUAAAAAGAUAUCAGCUUUCUUUAAAUUUGAUAUUAAUUUUAACAAAACUAUGUUGGCCUACAUUUAAGACAACGAAAAAGGCGUUUGAUGUAUGCAUUUUCAAAUAGUUUAAUAUUGGGAGAUAUCAUGAAACGAGUUAUUUCCGAUUCCAUUUCAGAGGCGACUAAACAAAAUUCCAGUGACACAGAAUUAGGAGUACUGGAAUCUACCCAAGAAGAUGCAAUAAUUCAUUUGAUAUUAUCCUUUAUUCUAAAAAUUCUAUUUACAAAAGAUAUAAUCUGACCUUAGCUUAAAGUUGUCCAUUCGCACUAUUGUUUAAAAGGAACUAGAAAUUCUUAAAACACAAUUGCUAUAAUCAGUAAUGAGAAUAAAAGUAGAAUUUCAAUAAAAAGUGUUAUUUCAAGAGAACAAUACAGACGAGAUCUUCAAAUAGAGUUUUGCUAAUUCCGAAUGAUAUAAUUGCGAUAUUCGUUGGGUGUUUGGAACACAUAAUCUAGAGGAACAAGUUAUUUGAUUAGGUUUAAUACAGCCAAUUUUAAAUUUCAUCAAAGGUAAAAUUUCCAAUAAGAAGUUUAAAAUUCCAAUUUUAAAUUUCACUAAGUCUAUUUUGGUGCAGGAAAUAUUGACAUGAAUUAUGUUCAAAUUAUGUGAUGAUAUUCGAAUGUUUGACAUAUAUAUUUGAGAUUUUAUUGACGUAAAGUUGCACCAGACUUACACUUAGAAUUUUGGAUUGGAUCAAAUUUUGAAUCGAUGAUCCUCAUGUUCAAAAUCUUACAUAUAAAUCAACGAAUGUGAUUGAAACAGUCACAAUCUAAAUUUUCAUAAAACUGUGAUAAAUACAUUUUAAUAUUUUUAACAUACUUAAUAAAUUAUUCAAAAAUAAUUAUAGUUGCCGUUAUUUAAAAUUUAAUUUGUUUCCUUUUAAUGUAUAAGAUUUAGAUGGCAUCAUGUUGUAGAAUUAUCCAUCUCUUGUCAUCUUUAAUUAUUCAACUAUCUUUGCUAUAACAGUGAAAGUACGUAGUUUGUAGUUUAUUAAUAACUUAAUCCAGUCUUCAAGAAAACUAACAUUCUUGCCGGGCAUCUUAUGCAAUAAUAUUUAUGCCAGGUGCUCCAACUUGGAACUAUACUUCCAGGAACAUAUUUUCUGAAUCUCAAUUUCAAGUCAGCAUUUGUUUCAUGUGAUUAUGUGUUUUAAGUUAUUAAAAUAUGUUUGUCAUUUGAUUAUGUUUUUUUAUGUUUUUGAAAUAUUUUUUCAUGAGAUUAUGUGUUUUAUGUUACCGAAAUAACUUUUAAUGUGAUUAUGUCUUUUAAGUUAUUGAAAUAUUUUUUUAUGUGAUUAUGUGCUUUAUGUUACCGAAAUAUCUUGUCAUGUGAUUAUGUGUUUUACGUUAUUGAAAUGUCUUUAUUUUGUGAUAUGUUGUAUAUCAUUGAAAUAUUAUAUUUAUUUUCCAAUACUGUGACCUGAAAAAAAGUUUUGAAACGUAUUGUAUUAUUAUAUUAUUCUAGUCAUUUUAACAGUCUUUUCCUUGGAAUAGUUCAAUAGUACAAGAGAACUUAUUUUUCUUAGAACUUAUUUUCAACUUGUUAUUUUAAAAUCCAUGUUUGAAUUACAUUAUUUUAUGUUUUAUGUUAGUGUCAUCUUAUUUAUUGUACCAUACUGUGACGUGAAGAACAUUUUUAGUCAUAUUCAGAGUAAAGACGGGUUUGAGUCUCUAGUCAAAUUAAGAAUAAUGCAUAUUAUUAUAAAAAUAAAUAAUAAUGUCAAAUUGUUUAAAUAAUAUUUUCUGUUAUUAUAAUUUUCACUUUUGGGUUUAAUUUUCUAUAU